UCCGGCCUGCUCGCUCCGGGAUGCCACAGAACGAGUGGCCCCUGGCCCCGCCCGGGUGUCCGCUUCCCAAGCCCGACGUGCUCUCCCGGCUGGAGGAAGGGACAGAGCCGUGGGGUCCGGAUCUGCCGCCGCGAACCGAGGACUCGGAUUCCCUAAGUGAUGCCUGCGCAGAUCCUAAAAUUGGAACAAAGGCUAAGGAGUCAAGUCACUUUGGUCAGCACUCAGUUCUGUCUGGACAGGAGAGAAUUCACACCGGCGAGAAACCGUACCAAUGCAGCGAAUGUGGGAAAGCCUUCAAGUGUCGCUCGUUCCUCGUCGACCACCAAAGAAUCCACACUGGAGAAAAACCCUACAAAUGCAGUGAGUGUGGAAAAGCCUUCAGUCAGCCAUCGAAUCUGAGCACUCACCAGAGAAUCCACACCGGGGAGAAACCUUACAAAUGUCACGAAUGUGGCAAGGCCUUCAGGCACCACGCGACUCUCAUCGUUCACCAGAGAAUCCACACUGGAGAAAAACCCUAUAAAUGCAGCGAGUGUGGGAAAGCCUUCAUUCAACCUUCAAAUCUUAUCGAGCAUCAGAUCAUUCAUUCUGGAGAGAAGCCCUAUAAAUGCAACGAAUGCGGAAAAUCCUUCACUCGUCACGGAGACUAUAUUAAGCACGAGAGAAUUCACACCGGAGAGAAGCCCUAUAAAUGUAAGGAAUGUGAAAGGGCCUUCAGUCAGCACUCGGCACUCGUGAAACACCAGAGAAUCCACACCGGGGAGAAACCCUACAAAUGUAACGAAUGUGGGAAAGCCUUCAGCCGCCACGGAGACCACAUUAAACAUCAGAGGAUCCACACCGGGGAGAAACCCUACAAAUGCAACGAAUGCGGGAAAGCCUUCAGCGGGCACUCGGCCCGCAUGGAACACCAGAGGAUCCACACCGGAGAGAGGCCUUACAAGUGCGGCGAGUGUGGGAAAGCCUUUAGUCGACCCUCAGCCCUCUCUAAGCAUCAAAGAAUUCACACUGGAGUCAAGCCCUACCAGUGCCAUGAGUGUGGCCAGGCUUUCAGUAACCACUCAAACUUCGCGGUACAUCAGAGAGUCCAUACUGAAGAGCAACCGAGCGAGUGCGGCGACUCCGGGAAAGAGUACCGUCACUCGCCCGGGGUCGUUCGUCGUCGGACGGUUCCGCCUGGAGAGAAGCCCUACGGAUGCAAUGAAUGCGGAAAGAGCUUUAGUCACCACUCAACCCUAAGCAAUCAUCAGAAAAUUCACACCGGAGAGAAACCCUACAAAUGCAGCGAAUGUGGAAAGUGUUUCAGGCACCACUCGACCCUGAUCAACCAUCAGAAAAUCCACACCGGGGAGAAGCCCUACAAAUGCAGUGAAUGUGAGAAGGCCUUUAGGCACCACUCCACGCUCAUCAAUCAUCAGAGGAUUCAUUCCGGGGAGAAACCCUACAAAUGUAACGAAUGCGGAAAAGCCUUCAGCCGCCUCGGGGACCACAUUAAACAUCAGAGAAUCCACACAGGGGAGAAACCCUACAAGUGCAACGAGUGCGAGAAAGCUUUCAGUCAACAGUCGGCCCUUAUUAAACAUCAGAGGAUCCACACGGGGGAGAAACCCUACAGAUGCAAUGGAUGCGAGAAAGCCUUCAGUCAGCAGUCAGCCCUGAUCGAACAUCAGAGGAUCCACACGGGAGAGAAACCGUUCCAAUGCAGUGAAUGCGAGAAAGCCUUCAGUCAACACUCAGCCCUUGUAAAGCAUCAGAGAAUUCACACGGGAGAGAAACCCUACAAAUGCCUCGAUUGUGAGAAAGCCUUUAGUCAACAGUCGGCCCUUACCGAGCAUCAGAGAACCCACACUGGAGAGAAGCCCUACAAAUGCAACGAAUGUGGGAAAGCCUUCAGCCAGCAGUCAGACCUGAUCAAGCAUCAGCGGAUUCACACCGGAGAGAAACCUUUCCCGUGUAACGAAUGCGGCAAAGCUUUCAGGGGACAUUCAGCCCGGAUCGAACACCAGAGAACUCACACUGGAGAGAAACCCUACAAUUGCGAUCAAUGUGGAAAAGCCUUUGGUCGCCAUUCGGUCCUUAUUAAACAUCAGAGAACUCAUGCUGGGGCCACAGCUUACCAGUGUAACCCAUCGUGUAGCUAAUGAGGGAAAGCCCUCCAGGGAGUGCGCAAUACAUCACCGGGGACUCGGCACAGGAGAAAAAGUGUGUCGAUGCGGGCACGUCAGAGCAUCUUCAGGGACUUCCCAACACUUCGGAAAUAGGAGAAAGCUCACCGUGGGGAGAAACGCUCCAGUUCCACCCGGGCUGAGGGCUCCUCCUUGGAAGAGCGUCCUGACAAGAUUAAAAUACACUAUGCGAUAGACAUUAGCUGGGCUGGGUUGGGCUGGGCUACUACCCCCAUGGGGUGUUCUGGGUGGGUCACAUCUGCCCUCAAUCUGCUCCUUUUUUCUCAAGCGGAAGCGAUUGAGGCUUGAUGCCGGUCGAGAGAGUUGACAGAAGGAACCAGAGGAUCCCUCAGGCCUCUCCCAACACUCGUCCCUGACUCUGAAACAUCAUCGCUGACCUCUCUGGAAAUGGUUUGGUUUUAUUUGCCCUCCAGAUCAGUAACCAAACUGUUCUGGUACCCCUGGUUGGUGAGUUUCUGGUAGAGGUCAGAACUCUUCUCAAAUAGGAACAUUGACCAGGUAGAUGGAAUGUGAUCAAUCCGCCACUCCCUGCCUAGUCCCUGUUCUUGAAGAGAGAGGCCGUUGGUCCACCCUGUCCAGCGCUCUGUCAUCAACUGAGCAACAGGGUGCUGAGGGGGAUCGUGUGAGGGUGCCCCUCCUUGGCCUCCAUCCCUGAGGUUAGCUCAAUGCCAUCUGACUGCUCAACUCUCUACCAGCCCUUUAGGGAGUGGGUGUCCAGGCCCCUGGAAAGUUCCCGGGUUCAAAGCAGUCAGCUUCAAUCCUCUGAGGGGGCCCAUUAGUCCUGGUUCGGCGGGAUUUGGUGACCAGUAGUUCCACACAGCUUGAGUUGUGGCCUCCUCCUUUCUCAGCCUUCCUCUUUCCGAACUGACACAGCCUAGUAUGUGAGAUGGAAAGCACCAGAGGAGGCAGAAAUAGUGUUGAAGCCUCAAGUUGACCAGCUGGAGGAAAAAAUCCUUGCUGGGGCCCAGUGCAGCUUUGGAUCCGGACGUGGUUGUGCUGAUGGGAUCUUGGCCGCCGGCCAGCUGUGGAGGGAGGGCAGAGAGCAGAGCUGGGACCAACCUGGUCUUCAUCGACCUCACGGAAUGUGUCAGUUUGUUGUUGUACUCUUCCAAGCACUUAGUACGGUGCUUUGCACACAGUAAGCGCUCAGUAAGGACGAUUGAAUGAAUGAGUGAAUGAAAAGGCCAAAGGUCUGCAGCAGCAGAAGCCCGGCAUCACGGCACCCACCCCAGGGGCCCUCGUGGACACCAGCCCAGAUGACCGCAGAGGAACGUCUGGGCUGCAGAGCGCUCUGCACAGGUAGAUGGAUGGACAGGCAGCAGGUCUCAGGCUGUGCCGACACCGGAGUUUGGGAGUUAAUGGGCUGGGUUGGGUCCUCCCGGUGUUGGCGAACCACUCAUUCUCCGCCCAAUCUCGGGGACAGACUCAUUGCUGCACCAGUGGGGCAGCCCUGGCAGAGGUGGAGCCGGGCAAAGCCGACAAGCCGUGCUCACCGUCCCAUGCCUGUCUCCUUGCGCUCUCGGCCUCCUACCCGUGGGAGAGGACCUGGCCAAAGGUCACCCCAUCUUCAACACAUGAUCCAUCAUCCCAGGGGCAGCUGGAACCCAGAUCAGAAAAUAUCGGUUGUGACCCUGGAGGAGCUUCUGUGGUCGAGCCCCUGGAUUUUCUGCCCCAUCUUACUGGCAGGGAUCAGUGUCUGUCAGCAGAAUCAUCUCCAUUGGAACACAGUAAUCUAUAAAGACAAAAUCAGUGGUACCGUGUAACACUUUUUGAGGGGAAUUUGGCUGAUCAACUAUCCUAAUGUUCCCUUAAGCCUGCUCCAUUCAAAUGUGAGCUCCCAGUCGGCAAGGCCUGUAUCCUCUGGGUUGGUGGUGGGGUAUGUUGUCAGGACUCAGGGUGGUUCCCUGUUGACAGGAGGUAGCAGUAGAUCCUGACAUUGUUUGGUGCUCUCUACAGGGAAAAACCCAGGGGCUUAUGCUUCCAGCUCUACUCUUAGAGAAGCAGCGUAGCUCAGUGGAAAGAGCACGGGCUUUGGAGUCAGAGGUCAUGGGUUUGAAUCC